GGAGAUGUGUCUCGAAAAAAUGUGAUUUCAUUUCACAGUCACCAUGGCUUGAGCUUUCAAAUGAACCUCAAUGCUAUUGCAAAACUCAGCAGCACACCUUCAGCAUCUCAUUUGAAGAAGCUGGUUGCUAUUGGUGGAAUGGUAGAAGAAGGCCGCGUUUAUGAUAUUUGGAAGCAUUUUCACAGCUACUCACCUUGGUGGAUUUUGGAAGGACAUAAGCUACCUAUUGAUUACUGCUUUCUGAAUAGUUCAAGAGCCUAUUUUUAUUGGAAUACUUCCUCGUCUGAUCGCAAAAAAUCAUUUUUAUUUCCCUGUUCUUCCAAUGGUUGUGUCACUUGUUGUUUUCCAGGAUUUGUAGUUUCUAAGUUGGGAGAAAACCAAAAAUGGAUGAAACAAGAAAGCAGUCAAAAUGGUCUUAUUGAUCCAAAUGAUCCAAAGGGGCAACUGAUACAAUUCAGCAAUGCCAUUAUCUUCCAAGGGAAGUUUUAUGCACUAAGUUUGCAAGGAACCCUGGCUGUAAUAGAAGAAGUUGAAACUCAGUUUCAAGUCACGCGACUUAGUAGAAGGCGAGCCAUUCCUUCAAGCUACUCAAGGCAUUUCAUAGAGUACUUGGUUGAAUCUAAUGUAGAGAUAGUGCUCAUUUUCCUGAUCUCAGAAAGAUCAAACAUGGUGGUGGACAAAGUGGAAGUGUUCAAGCUGAAGAUUGAAGAUUUGUCAUGGUUAAGAUUGCAAAACCUCGGGGAUAGAACAUUAUUCGCAGGGAUUAAAUGUGGUAUAUCAGUGCCUGCAAGUCAAGUUGGUUGCAGAAACGACUGCGUGUAUUUUACUCAUCGUUACAUUGAUGGCUGGAGACUGUAUGAUAUGGGAAGUGGCUGCAUUUCCCCGUGUUAUGAUAAUGCUGGUUCUGAGAUUAAAGAUCCAGUGUGGGAGGAGCCAAUAAUUGGAAAAAGAACAUCACGACGAUAAAACACAUGUUUAUA